AGGCCCGCAGCCUCCAUCGUUUUUUCGUCGACUUCUGGACGAUCAGUUUGUGUUCUGCUGUUUCUCUCUUCUCUUGUGCAAAAAUUCAAAAUUUUCGCUUCUUUUCACUAAUUUCCCGUAGAAUAGUGCACAGAUAACCAUGAGCAAUAUCCGGCAGAUCUCUAUCACACUCAGUGGACACACAAGACCAGUGGUUAAUUUGGAUUUCAGUGAUAUAACGGAUUGUGGCUAUUUUCUCAUAUCAGCAUGCAAAGAUGGCAACCCAAUGCUGCGUCAGGGUGACACUGGAGAUUGGGUGGGUACUUUUGAAGGACACAAGGGGGCUGUAUGGGGCGUAGCACUCAAUGGACAAGCUACUUUGGCAGCUUCCGGAGCUGCUGACUUUUCCGGAAAAGUCUGGAAUGCGGUCACGGGUGAGCUGAUUCACAGCUUUAUGCACAAACACAUUGUCAAGUCGGUGGCGUUCGACAGGGAUUGCGAACACCUCGUGACCGGCAGCAAUGAGAAGCUCAUCCAGGUGUUCAAUCUUGAGAAUCCGACGGCUGAACCUGAAAAAUUUGCUGGUCAUACUGCUGGUAUCAAAAAGGCCAUUUUUUGUCGCAACGAUAAGUGCAUUCUAAGCUGUGCUGAUGAUAAAUCCCUCCGACUCUGGGAUCGAAUCUCUGGCCAGGAAGUCCAGAGAAUUGACUUCCCAUCCAAUCCAAACAGCCUCGAGCUGUCAAGUGAUAGAAGCAUCGUGACGCUGACCUGCGGCAAUAAAAUUACCUUCCUAGAGAAUGAGACACUGAAUGUGGUCAAGGAGAUUGUUACUCCCUCACCACUCGCAUCGGCGAGUCUCCAUCCGGAUAAGCAUUUCGUCGUCUGUGGCGGUGACGACUUUAAACUCUACAAAUUCGACUAUGUCACUGGAAAUGAGAUUGAUUCCUUCAAGGGUCAUUUUGGUCCAGUGCAUGCGGUAAAGUUCAGUCCAGACGGAGAGCUCUUUGCCAGUGGCUCCGAGGAUGGUACUUUGCGUCUGUGGCAGACAACAGUGGGCAAAACUUAUGGCCUGUGGAAGUGCACAGAACCAACGGAGAUUGCAUCAGUCUUCAAUUCGGCCAAUCGUGAGGUGUCCGCAUCGUAAAAUUCCUUACUGUUUUUUUUUUCUUUCCGGCUCUUUAAAUAAAAUUGGUAGGAAAAGAGGAAAAAUGAAAUUAAAAAAAAAAUUGGAGUCUCCCAAAAUAUUUCACAGUGAAUAUUAAUCAUCAUAAUUAAUAUUUUUAUUACUUUAAUUAUUACUCUUAAUAAUUACUUAAUUUUCUACCGUUUUCUAAAAUGAAAUUCUAUAGUUCUUUUUUUUAUCUCUUUCCCUCUUCAUUUUACCUUAAUUUAAUCAGCAAUAAUUGUUACUUUUUAUUCUGUAAUUACUCUUUAUCUCUUGAAUUUUUUUUCUGCUCAUUCUCUGAUUUUUUUUAAAUCUUUCUUUAUAAAUAAGAAAUAUUUAGAUGUAAUUCUUCACCUU